AUUUUAAGUCGUCUUUUCUUCCAAUAGAAUAGAUUCUAGAAAUCUCUGUAUUAAUAGCCAAUGAUGUUACGCAGAGAGACCUGGACCGCGUUGUUUUUUUUGUUUUUGUAAAUAAUUAGAAAUGUUACCUUAUGCCAGCUCCCCAAGGACGCGAGUCUGUAGUAACUAUACACCAAAAGUUCAGCAAUAACUACAGAGUCAAUUGUGGUUAAUGUCACAAUGUCUAAUGAAGUGAAGCAGCGGAAGAAAGGCGCCUCGUCUAAGGAGCUGAGAAGUUCUCCGGGCUGUAGCCAGACAUCAGGACACCAGUUGCAGCAGGAUGAGCUUAAAGGGAAAGUCAAGGCUGGGCCACUGGUGGAGGCUGGACGCGGAUCUCUGUGCCCGGAGCCCAGGACGGUGCUGUGUUUACUCUGCUUAGCCAUCUGCGCCUCCCUUUCAUGGCUUGUAUUUCAGCAGUCCCAGAAGUUUGCAGUGAUGGAAGAAAAAUAUCAGAUUCUUGAGAAAAAAUCAGAAGUUGUGUCAGAGUUAGAAGGCCAAGUCAACGCCAUGUUUGGAAAGCUUGUGUCUACAGAAGAUAUCCUUGCUGAGGCCUCAUCGUCCUCCUCUGUAGUGAGCCACUUACAGCUUCAAAUGGCUGCUCUUCAAAGAGAAGUAGAUGACAUCCAAAACAACGACGUAAGUUUGUCGGCGAAGAUGCAGAACAUAAAUGCGAGGUUCCAGAACGUGACCGAUACGUGGAGGAAAAGCCUGGACGAAAUAACCCUGGAUACGGGCAUGUUGAAAUCUAAAGCAAAGUCACUCCAUAGCCAGAUCAACACAAAGAUCAAUUCUGCUGAACAGUCCCUGAAACUCCUCAAAGAGAGGAUGGGAGAUUUAGAGGACAGUACCCUAAGAAACACACGUACUGUGAAGAAUCAGGAAGAGAAUGAGUUUGUUCGUGUUGAGGAGACCCUGGACUGGAACACCAAAGCCAUAGAGAGCUUGGAAAAGGAGCAGAGUGAUUUGACCGACGUUCACCUUGAAGUUCAGCAGAACCUAGCUGAGCUCAAACCCAAAGUCGAAGAAUGCAUUAAUAAUUUACCAACAAUUGAGAAGGCAAUCCGCACUCUUCUAAAGGUGUCCAACGAGAUGGUGGAACUCGACAAGAAGACGAACGACCUGACCGUCCAGGUUUUCAACACAGAGGACAAUUUGCUCAAAACUAUCUCUGAAAUACUGGAGAUCCAGAACACCCUGGAAAGGAUUCAGAUAGACAACAGUAUUCUGAAAAUGCAGAACGAUAUAGGUCAUCUGAAGGAAAAGGCAUACAUAGAACCUUCUGAUCCAGACCACACUUUGCUAAUAGAAGAAGAAAAAGAAACGGAGCCGGCCAAUAAGCAGACUUAAUUUUUUGGAACUCUUAAAACCAAUAUUCAUCGGUGAUUGAUGUAUUUAGUGCACUCCUAUUAUUCCUGUUAAUACAUAUAUUUUUACGUACAGGUAGCUUCUACACAAAGAGUUUAAACCAAAAGAGUUGGCACAUAUCAAUAUUUAUAGACUGAUGAGGAUAUUUGUUUUCUAAGAAUGUUGAUGUUUUAAUCACAACACAAAUAAAAGAUGGCAGCUUUCCAAA